GCUUUCACUUUCUAAUGUACGACCAGCGAUUUGUGGAGAGAAAGGCUCAAAAAGACCCUGAAGACCGGUGUGUCUUGGAGAGAAUUUUCAGGCAGCGAUGUCAUUACGUCACUGCUGGAACGGAGGAACCGGUGCGCUGCACUGGCAUCAUCAUCAGCUACAGCGCAGCGGCAGAGCGGUAGGAGCGGCAGUGGUGGGACUCUCUCUCUCUCAUCACCAGUGACCCCUUUAGAUUCUACAUGUAAACACGGAUCAUUGGGGGAAUUCUAGAAGCCAAAACUCGACCUCAGACAGCAGCAUAACUCCCUGGCGAGUCUCCCAGUCAGCGGAAACCUGCAACAAUGUCUUCAUCUGUUAGCGAGACAGAGGAGGUGCGCGUCUCGGCGCUGACGCCUUUGAAGUUGGUGGGACUGGUGUGCGUGUUCCUGGCGCUGUGCUUGGACGUUGGAGCCGUGAUGAGCCCGGCAUGGGUGACCGCUGACGACCAGUACUGCUUCUCACUGUGGGAGGCGUGCUGGAAAGCAGCUUCGUCUGAGAUCUGGCAGUGCAACAGCACGCUGGAGUCAGACUGGCAGAUCGCCACCCUGUCCUUGUUGCUAGGCGGAGCUGCUCUGGUCCUGCUCUCCUUCCUGGUGGUCCUGGUGUCCGUGUGUAUCGGCUCUCGGAGACGCUUCAACAGACCGGUCGCUGUCAUGCUGUUCGCUGCAGUGGUGUUGCAGGGCUGCAGUCUGGUCCUCUACCCCAUCAAGUUCACUGAGACCAUCAGCAUGAGCAUAUACCACGAGUUCAACUGGGGUUACGGCCUGGCCUGGGGUGCUACCAUUUUCUCCUUCGGCGGGGGGAUCCUCUACUGCCUCAACCCUAAGAACUAUGAAGACUACUACUGACCCUGCUGGACUGUACCACUGUGCCCCCUCCCCUCUGUAGUCGCUGGCUGUCAUACAUAUCCUAUACUGUAUAAUGCUAAUGCUCGCUAGAGAGACAGGUAGACACAGAGACACAGAGAGAUGCGCGCACACACACACACACACACACACACACACACACACACACACACACACACACACACACACACACACACACACACACACACACACACACACACACACACACACACACACACACAAGCACACGUCAGCAUACAGUAUUUCCUGGGGAAGCAGGCAGCGGCUCAGUGCUGGGGUGGAUGGAUGAUGUCACAGUAUGUAGUACCCUGCUCUGUACUCCCUCUUCAGUCAGAGACUAACAGAUAACAGACUGACCAAUCAGAUCACUCUAUCUGUCCUCAAACCCUGGGACAAGGACUCACUGAAGCACUGUUACCGACCAAGUAUUACUUACAAGGCCGUAGGGAUAAGGAUGAGGCUAAGCUCGGCAAACCCAGAAGGAGAAUCUGGUGCCAGCUACCAUUUAUGUUACGUAGUCUGUCCAUGAGAGAUUAGGAUGAGGCUGCCUGGAAACAGACUUGUCUUCUCACUGGUAGGCAGAGACAGACUGGGAUGACCAACACUGGUAGGCAGAGACAGACUGGGAUGACCAACACUGGUAGGCAGAGACAGACUGGGAUGACCAACACUGGUAGGCAGAAACAGACUGGGAUGACCAACACUGGUAGGCAGAGACAGACUGGGAUGACCAACACUGGUAGGCAGAGACAGACUGGGAUGACCAACACUGGUAGGCAGAGACAGACUGGGAUGACCAACACUGGUAGGCAGAGACAGACUGGGAUGACCAACACUGGUAGGCAGAGACAGACUGGGAUGACCAACACUGGUAGGCAGAGACAGACUGGGAUGACCAACACUGGUAGGCAGAGACAGACUGGGAUGACCAACACUGGUAGGCAGAGACAGACUGGGAUGACCAACACUGGUAGGCAGAGACAGACUGGGAUGACCAACACUGGUAGGCAGAGACAGACUGGGAUGACCAACACUGGUAGGCAGAGACAGACUGGGAUGACCAACACUGGUAGGCAGAGACAGACUGGGAUGACCAACACUGAUAGGCAGAGACAGACUGGGAUGACCAACACUGGUAGGCAGAGACAGACUGGGAUGACCAACACUGGUAGCUUGGCAUGUGAAGGCGAGGAAGAGAUGGCCCACAGGACACCAAUACCACUGUCGUCUACAGUAUAUCUCCAUGGAAGUAUGAACCCCCAUAUCUAGCUAUAGUUGGGGUCAAUUCCAUUUCAAUUCCAGUCAAUUCAGGAAGUUCCAUUUGUCUCCAAUACUUUUCAAUGAGGAAUUGGAGUUUGGUUUACUUUCUGAAAUGAUUGGAAUUGAAAUGGAAUUGACCCCAACCCUGGUAAAGAGGAGGUUUGGUACGUCCCAAUACCCCCAAAACAGGGGUUUCCUUCCUGUCUUCAUAGCCAGUGAAGAGCACAGAGUCAGACAGAGACCGUUGAAGACCGUUUAGGACAAAGCCCAGUAAUGUGGUACUUGUCUGUAGCUUAUGUGGUCUGUCUCAUCACAGCUUUGUCAGGUUUUUGUUAUGUAGAAAUGUUACGUGGUCUAGAAGAGGAGGAUACAGAUUGCUUAGUUUAGUGUCUGGUAACACAUUUACUUCCAACAAUAAUCCAAUGAAAUGUAACCACACAAAUCAAAUAUGAUUAUUUUAAUGGACAUCCUACAGUAGAUUGAGGGGUACAUUGCUGAAUGGCGUUCGUGGAGAUGUAGACGAGAGAGAGAGAGAGAGAGAGAGAGAGAGAGAGAGAGAGAGAGAGAG